GGUCAACUCAGAAGAAAACAGAGGAAGACUUCUUGGAUUCAUCUAAUAUUCUUGACUCUUGUUCAUAACCGACAAAUUGUACGGAAUUUCCUGAUCCUUUCAAUAGUCAUGAUUCUAGUCUUGAUUACAUCUUCUUUGCUCAUCAAAAAAUUUGUACAUCAAGUUUUAUAUGACGAUAAUUUCAAUGACACAUUUUAUGGCAACGUCCUUGGGAACCACAGUGUCUUUUAUAGAAAAGACUGGGGCGGUCGACCUCCCAAAAUGAACACCAUGUAUUUGAAACACUGUGUGCCUCUACUGAUAAUAUCCCACAGUGAUACUGAACCGUGCUUUGAUAUUCAAGAAUGCUCAGGAAAAAUUAGAUAUCUACAGAAGGACCACCAAAUCAAUAUCAACACACUUGACAUUGCAAUGAAUUUUCUCAUCGGAGGAGAUGGUAACAUCUAUGUUGGAAGAGGAUGGGAUAUAGAAAAUUAUAGAAGGAAGAAUAGCCUCCUUUUCAGUUUCAUUGGAGAUUAUGUUUAUGAUACACUCACAGAAACCAUGAUUAAUGCAACUCAACUGCUCAUCUCUCAGGGAUUACAGCUGGGAAAAUUAUGUCCCGAUUAUGAAAUUGUUGGAGAAAAUCAAACAACGCCAAAAAAGUAUCUGAGUCCCGGUAACAAUGUUUAUAAAAUUAUAAAAACUUGGCCACAUUUCACUAAUAAAACUAUAUUUUGAAGUAUAA